AUCCCGAUUUCUCCAACAAUCCGCAUUGUUGCGAUCAGACCGUCAAGAUGGCCAAAUCCAAGAACUCGUCGCAACACAACCAGAACAAGAAAGCCCACAGAAACGGGAUCAAGAAGCCAAAGACUCACCGUUACCCUUCCCUCAAGGGUGUCGAUCCCAAGUUCAGACGGAACCACAGACAUGCUCUCCACGGCACCAUGAAGGCUUUGAAGGAGGUCAAGGAGGGCAAGAGAGAAUCUGCAUAAACAAAUGAAAAAAAUCAUUGAAAUCAGAAUCCCAAUGUGCCGCGUUGCUAUGUCCAUAGAUCCGCAUAUUUUCCCGUUGUUUUAGCCCGUGGGAACGAGCAAGAGAGAUGCUUCCAUCUCGAGUCCUCGAUAAUGCAAGAUGGGUUUUGCGCUGGUUUCCCCAAGGUCCAUGCUUUUUCUGCUUAGGAUUCAUAAUUGACGGUAACGCUGGUCUGCUUUCCCACGGACUUUUGACUUCGACAUGUUUUUAUAUGGGAUGUGGGUGU